AUGAUGGCAGAUGUCAACGCUGGCCAGUGUAAACCUUGCAAUCGCAACGAAGUUCUAGGCCCGGCCGAUCAAAAUUCUUCAUCAGAAGUUCUAGUUACAGUCAAUGUGCACCAAAGUGGCUCGACAUGCUGGAUUAGCCACGUUUUACGGGAUGCUCUACGCGUCUUGUACCACCUUGAGAUGGUUGAUGGUCGUCAUCAAACCAGUCAGAUACGAUACGUCAGCAUCACAACUACCACAAUCAUCAACACCAGCACCACCAUCUUCUACUUCUCUGCAGAAAUCAUGCAUCAACAUAGUUUUAUCCUGGAUCCUUCACCGAUGCAAUCGAUCGCAGAAUAG